AAUGCUGAUUUAUAAAAUACUUUAUCAAUGGUAGCCAAAGUACUUAAGCUAAAGUGAUAUCAGCUUAAGGAGAUGUGUAAUCAGCCAUAUUGAUGAGGUAAGCAGCUAAAUUAUUAGAUUCAAAGACAGCAAUGCAAAUUAGAUAUUAUAACAAUUUUAGGAUAACAAGGUAGUAUUAUUUCCAAUUGAAUAUAAAUGA